AUGCAACGCAUUGCAACUUUCGGUCUGUUUAAUUCGACUGUUAAGCAAAAUGUUCAACGAAGGACAUUUGCUUCAAUUAAACGAGCAAAAGUACCUUUAAAGGAAGAUUGGGUUGAACUGGCUAAAAAAGAAUUGAAAGGAAAGGACCCUGCAAAAGUUUUAAUAUGGCAUACUUCCGAGGGGUUAGACGUGAAACCUUUAUAUACUAAAGCUGAUACUGAAAAUGCUCCCGAUGAGAUUCCUGGUAAAUUUCCUUUUACAAGAGGUCCUUACGCGUCAAUGUAUACAGCAAGACCAUGGACAAUUCGGCAGUACGCAGGAUUUAGUACUGUGGAGGAAUCAAAUGCAUUUUACCGUAGAAAUUUGGCAGCUGGACAACAAGGAUUAUCAGUUGCUUUCGAUUUGGCCACGCAUCGCGGUUACGAUUCUGAUCAUCCUCGAGUGGUAGGUGAUGUUGGUAUGGCUGGUGUAGCAAUCGAUUCAGUGGAAGAUAUGAAAAUUCUUUUUAAUGGAAUACCGCUUAACAAGAUGUCUGUGUCAAUGACCAUGAAUGGUGCUGUACUGCCAAUUCUUGCCAUGUAUAUUGUCACAGGUUUAGAACAAGGAGCUCAGUUAAAAGAAUUAUCUGGCACGAUCCAAAAUGAUAUCCUAAAAGAAUUUAUGGUUCGUAACACUUUCAUCUAUCCACCCGACCCUUCUAUGAAGAUUAUAGGAGACAUUUUCGCUUACAUUGCGAAGCACAUGCCAAAAUACAAUUCAAUUUCAAUAUCCGGUUAUCAUAUGCAAGAAGCUGGUGCUGAUGCAGUGCUUGAGUUGGCUUUUACUGUUGCAGAUGGAUUAGAAUAUGUGAGAACAGGAAUCAAAUCUGGUAUGACAGUGGAUGAUUUUGCACCACGGCUGUCAUUCUUCUGGGGUAUUGGAAUGAAUUUUUACAUGGAAAUUGCGAAAAUGCGAGCAGCUCGUCGUUUAUGGGCUCAUAUUAUUCAAGAAAAUUUUCAUCCGAAGAGUCAAAAGUCAAUGAUGCUACGUACUCAUAGUCAAACUUCCGGUUGGUCACUUACAGAACAGGACCCUUAUAAUAAUAUUAUAAGGACGACUAUUGAAGCGAUGGCCGCUGUCCUAGGAGGAACUCAAUCCUUACAUACUAAUUCUUUCGAUGAAGCAAUCGGUCUACCAACAGAAUUUUCCGCCCGUAUUGCACGAAAUACACAAUUAAUACUCCAAGAAGAAGCUUUCAUACCGAAAGUCGCUGACCCGUGGGGAGGAAGUUAUAUGAUGGAAAGCUUAACGAAUGAUAUUUAUGAAGCUUCUAGGGAGAUUGUUGAAGAAAUUGAAAAUAUGGGGGGUAUGGCAUACGCUGUCGCAAGUGGUAUGCCCAAGCUAAGAAUCGAAGAGAGUGCUGCUCGAAGACAAGCUAGAAUCGAUUCCGGCCAAGAAACUAUUGUCGGUGUAAAUAAAUAUCGUCUUGAAAAAGAAAGUGAAAUUGAUGCUCUUGCAAUUGAUAAUUCGAAAGUACGACAAGAACAGAUUGCGCGUAUAAAUCAAGUCAAAGCUAGUCGAGAUGAUAAACAAGCACAAAGCGCAUUAAACGCGUUAGAAGCAUGCGCAAAAUCUGGAAAAGGCAAUUUACUUGAAUUAUCAAUUGAGGCGUCCAAGGCACGCUGUACUGUUGGUGAGAUUUCAAGUGCUUUGGAAAAGGUUUGGGGAAGACAUGAGCCAUCUAGUCGCGUAGCUAGUGGUGCAUAUAAAUCAGCUUAUGGAUCUGAAGAUGAAACUAAUGAAUUAUUGAAACUUGUUGAAGAAACAAGGUCGAAAUUAGGUGUGAACCCUAGAAUAUUGGUUGCCAAAUGUGGCCAAGAUGGACAUGACCGAGGUGCGAAAGUAAUUGCCUCGGCUUUCAGCGAUUUUGGUUUUGACGUUGAUCUGUCUCCUUUAUUCAGUACACCGGAAGAAGUUGCACGUCAAGCAAUUGACAAUGAUGUACAUGUAAUUGGUGUAUCUUCACAAGCUGCUGGUCAUAAAGUACUAAUUCCAAGUCUUAUCAAAGAACUUAAAAGACUUGGUGCAAAUGACAAGAUUGUAAUUGCAGGUGGUGUGAUUCCACAACAAGAUUAUAAAUUCUUGAAAGAUUCUGGUGUAAGUUUGAUAUUUGGACCUGGAACAAAGGUCCCAAAAGCUGCUACGGAAGUCUUAUUAAAAAUACAAGAAAAAAUAGAAAAUUGA